GGCUGCUAGCCGCCGAUUCGCGUGUGGGGGAAGCGCUUCGCUCGCCCCGCUCUUUUGAGAGGCAACACCUUCCAGAGACGCGGCGGACGCGCCGAGCGGUGGGGACCUCCGGGGCGGACCACGAAAUGUUGGGAUGGAAGGCGCCGACUAUGACUCGCCGUCUCCGACAGGAGCAUGACGGACUUCACGGGUGUGAGCUCGCCGAGAGGGAACCUUCGCUGCCUUGGGAUACCGCCGCACGCUCUCGGGGAGACAUUGUAAAGUGGGAAACGAUAGCCGCCGCGCAGUCCCCGCAACAUGGCCUCGGCUGCUAACGCGUCCGCCGGACAGGAAAACCGAGACCCCGAUCGGCCGAGGGUGACGCGGAGGAGGCACGGGGGGAACUACACCCGCGGCACGCCGCUGGAUUUGGAGUACUUGCAGCGGCCGAGUUACUGCGAUGCGGGAUUUGCGCUGGAGCAAAUAUCCGAGGGGAAGGCGACUGGGAGAAAAGCACCGCUAUGGCUGAGAGCGAAGUUCCAGAGACUUUUGUUUCGGUUGGGCUGUUACAUACAAAAGAACUGCGGAAAGUUUUUGGUGGUGGGCCUCAUGAUAUUCGGAGCUUUCGCCGUCGGCUUACGGGCAGCUAAUUUGGAGACGGACGUGGAGAAGCUCUGGGUGGAAGUUGGCGGACGUGUGAACCAGGAGCUGAAGUACACGCGUCAAAAGAUGGGAGAGGAGGCCAUGUUCAACCCUCAGCUCAUGAUACAGACGCCGCGGGAGGAGGGAGCCAACGUGCUCACGUUGGAGGCGCUGCGACAGCACCUGGAGUCAGCCAUCCGAGCCAGCAGAGUUCAUGUUUACCUCUAUAAUAGACAAUGGAAAUUAGAACAUUUAUGCUACAAAUCAGGAGAGCUAGUCACAGAAACUCAUUUCAUGGAUCAGAUCAUAGAAAAGCUACAUCCCUGCCUCAUCAUCACCCCGUUGGACUGUUUCUGGGAGGGAGCCAAACUCCAGUCUGGAAUGGUCUAUCUCCCAGGUAAGCCCCCACUGCAGUGGACCAACUUCGACCCCAAGGAGUUCCUUGAGGAGCUGCGGGCGGGGAACUUCCCAGUAGACAGCUUUGAAGACAUGCUGAGAAAGGCAGACGUUGGACACGGCUACAUGGACAGACCAUGUCUGAACCCCUCUGACCCUGACUGCCCCCUCACUGCUCCUAACAAGAAUGCUACAAAGCCGUUUGAUGUGGCACGGGCCCUGAGUGGCGGCUGCCACGGUCUAUCCAGGAAAUACAUGCACUGGCAGGAGGAACUUAUUGUAGGAGGGACCACCAAGAACGGCAGCGGACCACUCCUCAGUGCUCAGGCCCUACAGACCAUGUUCCAGCUGAUGACACCCAAGCAGAUGUUUGAGCACCUGCGGGACUAUGACGAGGGGUCGCACAUCAAUUGGAAUGAAGACAAAGCUGCAGCCAUAUUGGAGGCCUGGCAAAGGAGAUACUCUGAGGUGGUGCAGCAGAGUGUUGCAGCAAACUCGUCCCAGAAGGUUUUAUCCUUCACCACCACCACGCUUGACGACAUCCUCAAGUCCUUCUCUGACAUCAGCGUCAUCCGUGUGGCCAGCGGCUACCUGCUCAUGUUGGCCUAUGCGUGUCUGACCAUGCUGCGUUGGGAUUGCGCGAAGUCUCAGGGGGCUGUAGGACUGGCAGGUGUCCUGCUGGUGGCGCUGUCUGUGGCAGCUGGCCUGGGCCUCUGCUCUCUCCUAGGCAUUUCCUUCAACGCUGCCACCACGCAGGUGCUGCCCUUCUUGGCUCUGGGUGUUGGGGUGGAUGAUGUGUUCCUCCUUGCACACGCCUUUAGUGAGACGGGACAGAACAAGAGGAUACCAUUUGAGGACCGCACAGGGGAGUGUCUGAAGAGGACCGGGGCCAGCGUUGCUCUCACCUCCAUCAGUAACGUCACUGCAUUCUUCAUGGCAGCUCUCAUCCCCAUCCCAGCGCUAAGAGCCUUUUCUCUGCAGGCCGCGGUCGUGGUGGUGUUUAACUUCGCCAUGGUGCUGCUCAUCUUCCCCGCCAUCCUCAGCAUGGACCUCUACCGACGAGAGGACCGGCGCUUCGACAUCUUCUGCUGCUUCUACAGCCCAUGUGCCAAUCAUGUGAUCCAGAUCGAGCCUCAGGCCUACCUGGACGGGGCGGACGGUAGCCGAUACAGUCCUCCCCCUUCCUACCGCACCCCUCCCCCCUCCUACCGCACCCCUCCCCCCAGCUACAGCAGCCCCCCUCCCUCCUACAGCAGCCACGGCUUUGCCCAGCAGACGCAGAUCACGAUGCAGUCCACGGUGCAGCUCAGGACAGAGUACGACCCCCGCACGCAGGCUUUCUACACCACGGCCGAGCCCAGAUCACAGAUCUCGGUUCAGCCCAUCAACCCAGGACCGGCUCCACCCAGGGCCAAUGCUAAUAACGAAUACUACAGCACUCACAGCAGUGGCAGCAGGAGUGGCAGCAGUAACCACGGUAACCUCAACAACAACAACAGCAGUAGCUGCGGCAGUGGAGGUUCGACCACCUUCUCCCACCACCGCCCACCUCCCCAACCUGCUGCCCCACAGCCCCCCAACUCCGCCUCGGGGCCCCAGGGAGAUGCGGAGAACGCCAGCUCCACCAGGGACCUCCUGUCGCAGUUCGGGGAGGCCUCUCUGGGCCUGCGCUGCUUGGAGCCCCCCUGCUCCCGCUGGACCCUGGCCUCCUUUGCUGAGAAGCACUACGCGCCCUUCCUCCUGCAGCCCACCACCAAGGUGGUUGUAAUCGCGCUGUUCCUCUGCCUGCUGGGGGUCAGCCUGUAUGGGACCACCUGUGUGCGCGAUGGCCUGGAGCUGACGGACAUCGUGCCCAGGGAGACCAGCGAGUACGACUUCAUUGGCGCUCAGUUCAAGUUCUUCUCCUUCUACAACAUGUACGUGGUGACGCAGCGGGGCGACUACGCCCAGGACCAGCCCCUGCUGCACCAGCUGCACCAGAGGUUUCACACCGUGCGCUACGUGCUGAAGGAGGACAACGGGCAGCUGCCCCGCAUGUGGCUGCAUUACUUCAGGGAAUGGCUGCAAGGUCUCCAGCAGGCAUUUGACAAGGACUGGGAGGCAGGCCGCAUCACCCAGAACAGCUACAGGAAUGGCUCUGACGAUGGGGUCCUGGCGUACAAACUCCUGGUGCAAACAGGGCGCAGGGACAAGCCCAUCAGCUUCAACCAGUUGACCCGUCAGCGACUCGUGGACGCAGAUGGGAUCAUCAACCCCGGCGCCUUCUACAUUUACCUGACAGCAUGGGUCAGCAACGACCCUGUUGCCUACGCCGCCUCUCAGGCCAACAUCCGCCCACACCCUCCUCAGUGGCUCCACGACCGCACCGACUCCAUGCCGGAAACACGCCUCAGCAUCCCAGCUGCUGAGCCCAUCGAAUACGCACAGUUCCCCUUCUACCUCAACGGGCUCCGGGAGACACCCCAGUUUGUGGAGGCCAUCGAGAGCGUGCGCGCCAUCUGCAGCAACUAUAGCCAACAGGGCUUGCCCUCCUACCCCAACGGCUACCCCUUCCUUUUCUGGGAGCAGUACGUCCACCUGCGACACUGGCUCCUGCUCUCCAUUAGUGUCGUGCUGGCCUGCACCUUCCUGGUCUGUGCCCUCUUCCUGCUCAACCCCUGGACUGCUGGCAUAAUAGUGUUGGUGCUGUCUCUGAUGACCGUGGAAUUGUUUGGCUUCAUGGGAUUGAUGGGGAUCAAGCUGAGUGCUGUCCCCGUGGUCAUCCUCAUUGCUUCUGUGGGCAUUGGGGUGGAGUUCACUGUCCAUGUUGCCCUGGCAUUCCUGACAGCCAUAGGGGACCGUAACAAGCGGGCUGUACUGGCACUGGAGCACAUGUUUGCUCCAGUGCUCGACGGGGCCUUCUCCACCCUACUAGGGGUCCUCAUGCUAGCAGGCUCUGAAUUUGACUUCAUCGUCAGGUAUUUCUUUGCAGUACUUGCCAUCCUAACAGUUCUAGGAGUACUGAACGGGUUGGUCCUGCUUCCGGUAUUACUGUCAUACUUUGGACCCUAUCCAGAGGUCUCCCCGGUAGACGGUCGUAGCCGGUUACCCACGCCGUCUCCCGAGGCCCCCCCUCACGUCGUCCACUUCUCAGUCCGUCCUCGUAACACCGGCACUACCGCCACCACUUCCGGUGCCGCUUCCGACUCCUCGGACUCGGAGUAUAGCUCCAACACCACGGUGUCCGGCAUCAGCCAGGAGAUGCGGCACUACAACCUCCCCUCAGCUAGGGGGCGAGCUAGAGCGGAGGAGCAGCAUUGCCACCAGCAAACCAGCAGAGGCAGAACAAUUUGGACAGAAGAGGAAAGGAGGACAGGAGCUGGACAUAGACACGCAGGCAGACAGACUGAACCCCCAUCAUACACGAUUUCCACAUCUGUCCCCUCUCAGGGUUUGGAUUCUGGGCCCCCACCUGGGGCUCCUCGUCACUACAGCAGCAGGGACCCCAAGAGCCAGCUGCACCAGCAGCCCCUGCCCCCAGCCCGCCCGCGCACAGACGCUUUUGAAACUGCUACUGAGGCUGGGGGCCAUUACAGCUCCCAUGGCUCUGGUCAUAGAGAACACUCUGCGGGCCACAGAGCUCACCCUUCCCAAAACCCUCGGGCCAAUCACCACCCCCCGCAUCACUCCAACCCUACUCCUUACUGCCAACCCAUUACCACGGUAACGGCUUCGGCCUCCGUCACUGUCGCCGUCCAUCCAGCUCCCUUGCCCAACCAGAGCCCCCCAGCUCCGUCUUACCCAGGAUACACUGCAACGGACAGUUACCAUCCAACAGGGGCAGGCCGUUCAGGGGCAGAGCCAGACCCUGCCUUCCAAGAUCCUCAUGUGCCACUGGACACCCACACGUGGCACAGAGGACCUGAUACGGAGGCCAUCGAGCUCCAGGAUAUGGAGUUUGAGGCAGUUGAGAACAACUGUGCCAGACGGCCUAGAUGAGGGGUAAUAAGCAGAAGCACAAUGGCCAAAGAUGGACUCCUCUGUAUUACUAAGCCUCUGACCCGGUCCAGCCCAGCUUAGCCUAGCCUGGCCUGGCACCACCCGGUCAAGACUGGCAAGCCCCCAGCCCCAGGC